UGUGUGUGUGUGUGUGUGUGUGUGUGUGUGUGUGUGUGUGUGUGUGUGUGUGUGUGUGUGUGUGUGUGUGUGUGUGUGUGUGCGUGUGCGUGUGUGAGAAAAUCUAGCACGCUAGCUAGUUUUCUGCAAUAGGGACCAGGUGUUGGGAAACAUCAGCGCCCUCUAGAGCCAAGACUGCACAGUACAAUCCGUGUUGGUAAACCAGUUGCUUCUUGGUAGAUAAAGACGUAUUUCUUUGAAGUAAGUUGGAAACCGACAGAACGGAAAUGUUUUAAACUUUUUAGACUGAAAGAUGUCAUUUCCGUCAUCAGCUUUUAAAAAUACCCACCCUUCACCUCCACCCAAGGAAAACACUACCUCCAACUUGGUUUUGAGCAGAGCUUCAUGCCAGGAUCAGGGACAGACGCUGGACUCCGAGCUUGGUCUAAUGGAGAUGCUCAAUGAUGAAAAUGUACACCUUAUGCAAAUUUUUUCCCAAGGACAAAUGGAGUCACAGAUGGGUCCUCAAGAUGGGCCAGAUACCCAACCUCCCUUAACUACGAUGAUGGACAAUGACACCACCGGCGUUUCUACCAAUUUACUUUUUCAAGUUCUUGACUUGUCAACUUCAAGCAAUGACCACAAUCUGGUGAUGCAAGGCGAAAAGACACCGUUAAUGCAUGGAGAAGUUCCAGAUUGUGUGCUGGCCAGGGUCAAAGAAGACGAAAGCCCAGUUGCACCAUCCGCUACAGGAAGGAGGUUUUUGUUGAACUCAUCCAAACCAAAAGCUAGAGUGUGCUUGGAGAAAAGAUUCAGCUCCGUAUCUGCUGACACUGCAAGACAACAAGAUGUUCACUCUGAUCUGAGAAACCAUGUGACCGUAUUUCAAGAGUCCGCAGAAGCUCAAGAAGCCGUCGCACACAGUCAGAAGCUUGUGUUCCAUACAGUUGAACCCUUCUUAGAUCUAGAAUUCAUCUUCCCUGAGAGUGUUUCAAAUAGUUUUCACCCCGAGAGCCUGGUUACAAAGACCGUCUUUGCUGACAGGAGCAACUCAAGAGAACAUGAGUUGGUGAAUCCUAAAAAGAACCUGGCGGCCCACUACAUAAAUCUUUGCAGCCUCAUCUCUCAGCCCAAGACGAAAGCUAAAGCUGCCCCUGACAUGGAGAGGAAGUCACAGAAAGGGGACGAGAAAAGAGGAAAACCUGGGAUGACAGUCAGUCAGCGCAGGGACAGACACAACAGCAAUGAGCGGGAGCGCAGGAAGAAGAUCCGCCUGUGCUGUGACGAGCUGAACAAGAUGGUGCCAUUCUGUGACUCAUAUACAGACAAAGUCAGCACCCUGCUGUGGACCGUGUCCUUCCUGACAUACAUCAAAACCAUCCACGGAGACGCCUUCAACGCGGAUUUCAUGAAGUUCAUCAUUCAGAAGGGAGAAGAGUUCAAGUCCAACUCAUCUUGGGGUGCCCCGUUGUUCCCAGAGCCGGAGGAGAAGGCGAAUGUUCCUGAACAGUGAUUUCUUCUGUUCAGUCUAACAAAUCAGCAACAACUGUUACAUUUUACAUUAAUUUAAAUCUCUUAAGGCUACAUUUUAAUGAGUAAACAUGGCACUUUACAGUUGCAGUUGCACGUUACGUCCCCUAGGUGUCAUAAUAGUCUUUGAAUCGUUUUGUUGCACCUCCUGCAUGUUAAUGUUACCCUAAUUUCCCUCUGGGAUUGACAAAUGUUUC